AUGGCCUCCCAUUCUCGAGGCAUCCCUCCUCAAGAGGUCGACGGCACACCCGACUACUGCAACGAGUCUGUCUUCCGGCGGAACACUCUGCCUCCACGAACAUACUACAUCCCAAAGGAUGCUUCUCUCUCGCUCAAUGGCCAGUGGGACUUUCACUACGCCUCGAGUCCUCUAGCUGCUCCGGAUCCGACCGCAAAAGAUGGACAAAAAUCGACUGACGAGCACAAGACAAAAGACCAGUGGACUACCAUCCAGGUUCCCGGUCACUGGCAGCUUCAAGGCCACGGUAUCCCGCACUACACCAACGUCCAAUACCCAAUUCCCGUCUGCCCGCCCUUUGUGCCUUCGGAAAAUCCUACUGGCACCUAUCGUCGCUCCUUUUUUGUGCCUGGCUCGUGGGAGUCUACCGACCAGCUGCGCUUGCGAUUCGACGGUGUUGACAGCGCCUACCACGUUUGGGUCAAUGGUGUUCUCAUCGGCUACGCUCAAGGGUCCAGGAACCCUUCCGAAUUUGACGUAACCGAGUACGUCGAUCGAGCUGGUCCCAACGAGCUCGUUGUCCGGGUUUACCAAUGGUCAGACGGCUCCUACAUCGAAGACCAGGAUCAGUGGUGGCUUUCGGGCAUUUUCCGCGACGUACAUCUCUUGUCCUUCCCCCAAACUCGCAUCGAGGACUGGUUCUUACGGACAGAUCUCGACCCCGGAUACAAGAAUGGAACACUCAUUGCCGAGAUCAAUGUCAAAACAGAGUCUCACUCAGAGGUAGUCGUAAUCAUUGGAGAUCCUAGUUGGCAAACGGUCUAUUCUGUCAGCGACAAGGGGUUUGGCAGUAGAAAGGUGAUGAUCAAGAUCCCGAUCAACGAUGUGUACCAAUGGACAGCGGAGAGCCCAAUUCUUUACACCGUCAGGAUACAGCUCGAGGUCGGCGAUAUGAUUCAGACCCACCUGGUUGAACAAAAGGUCGGUUUCCGCAAAGUCGAGCUGAAGAACGGACUGAUUUGCGUCAACGGACAGCCCAUCAGAUUCCGCGGCGUCAACCGACACGACCAUCACCCUUCCUUUGGACGUGCUGUACCGCUGGACUUCAUCAGAAAGGAUCUCCUGCUCAUGAAGACACACAACAUCAACGCGUUACGAUGCAGCCAUUACCCAUCUCACCCAAAGCUUCUAGACCUCGCCGAUGAGCUCGGUCUCUGGGUCAUAGACGAGGCAGAUCUGGAAUGUCACGGGUUCUACGACGCCAUUGCACGUCCCUUAGAUAUACCUGAAGAGGUGGAUUAUGAAGAGCGAAAAAAGCUAACUUUUGCCCAUGCCGCCAAAUUUACCAGUGACAACCCGUCCUGGAAAGCUGCGUACUUGGAUCGCAUGGCCCAGCUCAUACACAGGGACAAGAACCACGCCUCUGUCAUUAUAUGGUCCUUGGGUAACGAGGCUUUCUACGGUCAAAACCACAGAGCCAUGUACGAGCUUGCAAAAGAUAUCGACCCGACAAGGCUAGUCCACUACGAAGGAGACCCUCACGCUGAGUCUGCUGACAUGUACUCUUACAUGUAUCCAUCAGUUGAGCGGUUGAUCAGCCUUGCCGCGACUGAAGGCGUUAGGUCCGAUGGCACCUUCGAGAAGCCCAUAGUGCUUUGCGAAUACGCGCACGCAAUGGGAAACGGACCUGGCUGGCUCGAGGAUUACGAAAAGGCAUUUCGCACUUACCCUCGCCUUCAGGGAGGCUUUAUAUGGGAAUGGGCCAACCACGGUCUAUGGAAAGAAGACCCUGAUGGCAAGUCCUAUUACGCUUACGGGGGUGAUUUCGGCGAUGUCCCUAAUGACGGAACGUUUGUCAUGGACGGUCUUUUGUACAGCACUCAUAAACCGACACCUGGCCUACUCGAGCUACAGAAAGUGUAUCAGCCUAUAGAGACCCAAUGGGUUUCUUACAACGGUUUAAGUGCAAACUGUUGGCUGAAGAUUACGAACUUGUACGACUUUGUCUCCCUCGAUCAUCUAACCGCGACCUGGAAACUGGAGUCUUUCAUCAAUGCCACUAGUACCUUUUUGCAUGGCACUGGGGUCUUGGAACUGCCACAUAUCCCCCCACAAUCAUCAGAGUUGGUCAACCUGACUCUAGGCCGUCGACCCUUACGGCAACUAUCAGACGAUAUGUGGUUAACCGUCUCAUUCCGCCUGAAAUGUUCGACAGCGUGGGCGGAGCAGGGCCAGGAAGUUGCCUGGGCUCAGUUCCAGCUUUGGUCUGAUCAUGGAAAAUAUCACGGUCUGCUGUCUUUACAGUCACUUGUGAACCUUCCGCUCCGAUGCGAAUCAUCUGGCGCUCGAACAACUAUCACGGGACAUAACUUCUCCGUCAAUUUCGACAAUGCACAAGGCCAUAUCACCAGCUGGACAGCCAGCGGUGCUCCCCUCUUAGAGCCCAAUCCGUCAACUGGCGCGGCCAUUAUUCCUUCCUUUUGGCGUCCACCCACCGACAAUGAUAACCCUAUUUCCCUCCCGUACUGGAAGCGAUUCGGCGUCCAUGCCAUGACCAGCCAGCUCCGCUCCUUCGACGUUUCUGCCACUGAUGACAAGGUUGUGAUUACGACCAAAACAUUCCAUUCACCGCCAAUUCUUUCCUGGGGCUACCUUGCCCAUACGGUCCACGAAAUCACUGCCGCUGGCGUUAUUCGCAUCGUGAUAACCCUCAAACCUCAGUCUUCCGACUACGUCAACACACUCCCCGCCCACAUUCCCCGUGUGGGUCUCGAUCUCCGUCUUCCACGCCGCCUCGAUGCCGUGAAGUGGUUCGGCCUAGGACCGGGAGAAUCCUAUCCUGACAAGCGCACUGCACAACGCGUCGGCAAUUGGUCUGUCGACCACGUCGCCGAUCUUCAGACCCCUUAUGAAGUACCGCAGGAGAACGGCAACCGCAUGGGAACGAGGUGGGUAACCAUCCGUGAGCCUCAAGGGGCCGGGCUACGGGCUAUAGCAGGGAGCGCUCAGUGGUCGAAAAAUUGCGAGAGGAACUUCAGCUUUGUGGUGACGAGACAUAACGCAAAGGUUUUAGAAGAGGCAAAUCAUCCUUGCGAUCUUGUGGAAGAGGACGCUACGCUGCUGAGGCUUGACGCAAAGGUUGCAGGUGUGGGCACGGCAGCUUGCGGGCCGGGUGUGAGGGAGGAUUUGCUCGUCAAGGUUGAGGAGAUGAGUUUCUCGUUUGACUUGGAGCCUUUGAUUUGA